ACCUUCCCCAGUCGGUCCUGUUUCUCUCUCCUCUCUCUCUCUCUCUCUCUCCUCCGCCAGCUCUCGUCGUCAUCUCCUCCCUCCGUCCCGCUCGCUCGCUCGCUCGCCGGAGCACCGCCGUAGAAGGAGAAGAAGGAGAAGGGCGGUGGUAUAACGCGGAACCUCUUGAAUAUAAGUCGGAACGAAUCCCCGGGCCGUGGAGGCGAUCGAGCAGCUUCGCUUCUUGCCCCUUCUCUGACGCCGAACAGACCGGAGGUGGGUGGGUUUUUUCGUUCUUGGGGGAAAACGUCGAGCUGCGAGUCGUUGCGUGAACCGGGGAAUCGGGAGAGGAGAGGGGGGGAGAGAGGGAGGGAUUGUGCUUGAAUGGCCGAGCAUUACAGUUGCUGCGAGACCAACUUCUUCAUCCACAUACUGAUCGUGGCGUUGCUGGUGGUGUUCGCCGGGUUGAUGUCCGGCCUCACGCUGGGGCUCAUGUCCAUGAGCCUCGUCGAUCUCGAGGUCCUUGCCAAGUCCGGCACGCCCAAGGAUAAAAGCCACGCAGCCAAGAUACUGCCAGUUGUAAGAAAUCAACAUCUUCUUCUUUGCACAUUACUGAUAUGCAAUGCUGCUGCAAUGGAGGCCCUUCCUAUUUUUCUUGACAGCUUAGUUUCAGCUGGGGUUGCUAUCCUGAUCUCAGUGACCUUGAUCCUUCUGUUUGGAGAGAUAAUUCCGCAGUCUGUUUGUUCUCGAUAUGGUUUGGCAAUUGGUGCGGCCGUGGCUCCAGCUGUGCGUGUUCUUGUUUGGAUCUGCUUUCCCAUUGCAUAUCCAAUCAGCAAGUUAUUAGACUUUCUACUUGGUCAUGGACAUGUAGCUCUCUUCCGCAGAGCUGAGCUUAAAACCCUUGUCGACAUGCAUGGAAAUGAGGCUGGAAAGGGGGGAGAAUUGACGCAUGAUGAAACAACUAUUAUUGCUGGAGCACUUGAACUUUCUGAAAAGAAAGCUUGUGAUGCCAUGACUCCUAUAUGCGAUACAUUUGCCAUUGACAUCAAUGCCAAGCUUGAUCGGGAUUUGAUGAACAUGGUUUUGGAGAAAGGGCACAGCAGAGUGCCGGUUUUCUAUGAGCAGACUACCAACAUAAUUGGAUUGAUUCUGGUGAAGAAUUUGCUGACCAUUCACCCAGAAGAAGAAGUACCAGUGAAAAAUGUUACCAUUCGGAAAAUUCCAAGGGUUCCAGAAACAUUGCCUCUAUACGACAUAUUAAAUGAGUUUCAGAAAGGUCACAGCCACAUGGCUGUUGUUGUGAGACAGCAUAACGAGACGACAGAGCAGUCUACUGACAAGAGCCCUGUCGAUAGUACUGUGAAAGAUGUCAAGGUGGACAUCGACAGUAAAAAGACUCCGCAAGAGAAGAAAUUGAUCAGCAAGAGAUCUCUGCAAAAAUGGAAGAGCUUCCCCAACUCAAAUAGCUCAUUUAAGGGAAAUUCAAGGAGCAAGAAGUGGACAAAUUACAUGUAUGCAGAUAUCCUGCAAAUAGAUGGAAGUCCUCUUCCACAGCUCGCCGAAGAAGAAGAAGCGGUGGGCAUAAUAACCAUGGAAGAUGUCAUAGAAGAACUGCUACAGGAGGAGAUCUUUGAUGAGACAGAUCACCAUUAUGAAGAUUCAUGACAUCGGAUCCCAUGCCGAGUAUCCUAAACAAUUUUCUAGCAGUGUUUAGUACUUCAUAUCAUUUCAAUGUUUGUGGUAUUACAUGUACUGGUGUAGCUCUACCAAAGGGACUAAGAAAAGCUACGAAUAGUUGAAUCUGUAUCAUUUCGAAGGAAUAGAGGAUUAUGGACUUGAAAUACUAUUUCGUGGGAUUGUAUAUCAAAUUGUAGGGAAGUGUGCAAGGCAAUUGGUAUAUCUUGCACAUUAUGUUUAGUUUUUGCUUUUAUUGAAGUUGUAUCGCAAGGAAAGUAAACCAUUGUUGCGCCA